UUUGAAAUGGGGAUCAAUAUGUUUGCUUAUUUCAAAGUGGACCAAACUUCGCAGGAUGCGGAAGCCGAGAAGCAGUCCCUUCAGUCGCAACUUGGCGAGCUGGCUGCAAGGUUGGCUGACGCCGCCCGCCAGAUGGACGAAACAACCGAUCAACUCACCAAAGCAGAGGAAGAAGUAAGCUCGUUGCGAGGGCAACUUCUGAGUGUUCAAGAGGAGAAUGCGCAGCUGGUUCACCAACUGGAAAGCAUGGAGAAGCGUGUGUCUGACACCAAAGCCGAACUGCAGGCACAGGAGGACUCGUCAAAGCAAGAGAUGGCUGCUCUUAAGGAGAUGAUUGCACUCAAGGAGCAAGAACUGGCGGAGCAGCGGGAGCGGCUCUCCACCAUGGAAGAGAAUUUCGCCCAAAUUCGCCUCGACUCCGAUCACUCUACAGUGAGCCUCUUGAGAAAGGCUCUGGAGGAACGCGACCGGCAGGUGAAGCAGCUGUCGCAGUCCCUAGAACAGGCGACGCGCGACUUGGAGGACCAGAACACCAUAAUCGAGGCACUGCAAACGGAGCGCCGCCAACGGGACGAAGACAGUCAGGACGGCGGACGAACGGCGAGGCGGGGCGGCCGUUGGCUCGACCUGCAAGGAAAGCUUCGGGAAAAGAGCUUGCUGCUCAGGAGCGUGCAAUCCAUGCUGGGCAAGGUGGAGGAAGAAGCUCGCCUCAAAGACAAGCAGCUCGCGGAAGCUGUGGCUGCUGCCAGGAAGUAUGAGCUGGGCGAGUACGGGCUGUCGGACGCCGUUGCAGAAAUACGAGAUCUCAAGAGGCAGUUGGAAAUUCGCGACCGGGAGAUCGAGAAGCUCACCAGCCAGCUGAACGACAUUGAGAUGGAGGUUCAGGAAGAGUGCGAUGACGACAGGAGCACUUCCCCGCGUCGCCACUUCAGGCCGACCAGGAGCGAACUGCAGGAGAAGAUACAGAGACUGGAGAGGGAAAAUAGGCGCCAACGGCUGCGCUUGGCUGCACAGAGGAGUAUAAUGAGAUCAGCAUCAGAAGCUCAGAAAAAGCACCUGGAUAACUUUGCCCAGACGUCGCCCUUGCGGGAUUCCUCAACAGAGGAGAUCCAAGUUGCUCGCAACGGUCACGAAUCACCCGGCAGUUUACGGGACACGAAGUCUAUGCCUUCGUUGCGUGAGGUGACGACAAGUCCAACCAUCAUUCACGAAGAAAGCGAGAGCCCCAAAGAAGAAACAUCACUGAAAGCUCGCAAGGGCACUUUAGAGACACCGGAGAAGACAAAAUUAACAAAACACGAGGAGUGGAAAGGGGACGAGACUUCACCCUUACAGAGGCACGAGGACAUCGCGGCUGGUGAUCCAGAAGUCGUAGAGCUGCAGGUGUUACUGGUGAAUGGAAAAGGCGCAUCCCUUGUUCGGCUGUACGAGGAGACUGUUCGUGCUGCUAAGGCGUGGAAGGCCGACGCUCUUCGAUGGACGGAAGGCAGGAAGAGUGGUGACAAGGAGCAGUUAGCCAGCAUCGAGGGGAAAUGGUCAGUGCGUGACCUGCUCGAUCGUCAGGCCUCUCUGGACCGCCUGAAGGACCACAUCAUCUUGGAGCAGCUCGGGCACCUUGAAGCAUUUCAAGAGACGUCUUCGAUGCGCAUCAAGUGCCUGCAGCGGCGCCUGGAGGAGAGCGUCCCGAAGGAGGCGUUCAAGUCACUUAGCAACGCAUACUCCGAGCUGGCUGCCAGUCAAGCGAGGCUUAUCUCAAGACUUUCAAACGCUGGCACUGCGGAUAACAAGCUUGCUGAAGAGGUUUGCCUAUCGACAGAGAAAGGUGUCUUCCACUUACCUACUACUGACGACUCCAAGCUUCGUGCCCUUGAGGAGGAGAACGGGCAAUUGCGAGCUCUCCUCGCAGAUCGCACAGGCAACGUGCAGGUACUCCUGGGUGAACUGAAGAGACUCAAGCACAAACAGAAGGCCAAAUCAAAAGAACCACCAAGCUCACCUUCAAGCGGCCAGAACGAAGUCUCGUCAAAUGAGCAUGCCGAGAGCCUCACAGUGCUGCUGGAAAGACUGUGGGCGCAUUUUCAAGAGCUACAGAAAAGGUACGAGCAGAAGGAUGGCGACCUACUGAGGGCAAUGGUUGAGUCGCGUAGACAAACCGAAGAACUGAAACAGGCACUCACGCAAAUGAGAAUCCAGUGCAGUGGUUCUGUUCCUCUGGAAAAGUUAGAAAGUAUUCUCUCACAGUUCAAGAGUGGACACCAACACUUUCAAGAAGACAAGGACUUGCCCUCAUGCAAGAAUUGCAGUGCCUUGACCAACACGCUUAGAGCGCAGACGGAGGAGCUCAUCACUUCCAGGCAAAACGCAAAGCUUCUGCAGAAGAGGCUCGACGAGGAGCACCGUAACCUGCAGAUCUCGGCCAACUCCCUCCGUGUCAAAGACACAAUCAUCCAAGAGUUGAAGCAAGCACUGCGCCGAGCGGCUGCAGAGGAGGCUAUGCCUUGGGACAUGAAGAAGCUCAAGAAAUCCUUGCGCGUGGCAAUGUUGACAGUCAACUCAUUGCAGGCACUGAUGCGGCAGAAGGAAGCCACCGUAGAACGCUACCGCGCCUGCGUCGCCACUCUACGCAACGAGAUGCAGCAGCAGAGCCAGAGGCUGUCAGCGGAGGCGCACGUCUUACGUGCCAAACUACUGGACAUCGCGGCCGCCCGGGAACAGCCAGAACAAGAUGGCGACGCCAUCCACGACAAGCCGCGACAUUUUCAGGACCAGCUUGAUCAACUCCGUGCACUGGACGAGGCGCACAGGGAAGCCGUCCGCAUACUUCUCCAAGAGGCAGCGAAAGUGGUUCCUGCCCCUGUGAUACCAACCAUACCGGCGUCCACUGCGGAAAGACCCGGCUCUCCUCCGAGGGAGAGACAACCAGAGGAGGCCAAAAAGACGUCUGCAAUGUUCCGCGAGACUGUGAUCUCUCUUCAGAAGGUUAUCGAGGAGAAAGAUUCAGUGAUUGCUCAAAGGGAGACAAGCAUCGCCGCACUCGAAGGGAGACUGGCUGAACUCGCCAGCCAGCUCGAAGAAGCUGCCAAGAGGAAAGACUUGGGAAGACUAGUGCACGCUCUGAAAUCGCAGGUGGACGAUAAAGAGAGGCAGUUGAAGGCGCUGAGUCAAGCUCUGGUGGAACUGCGCGCUGAAAUGAUGCGGACCGUGGAGUUCAACACUGUCGCUGCCAGUAGUGGGGAUGCAGACAACAGGGACCUCGCACAGCUGCAGAGCGAGUUGCGAGCUGCGCAGGAGAGGGAGCGCUUCCUGGAAGAUGAAGUUCGCCUCCUUCGUGAGGAGAACGAAGCUGUGAAAGAAAACUGCCGAAAAGCCCAAGAGCACAGGCUGCGUGUGAUGAAGCUUCACAAGGCUCCUUCACGGCGUGGGACGUAGCCGACGCCAUUGCCCAGGAGGCAGUUGAAGGCGCAAUGGAGCACUCGGCCAUCACUCACCCACCCUCUUAUUUAGUAGCCAUGUUGAAAGUUGGAGACACACCGUGCGUGCACAUAAAUAAUGAGGGCCCUCAUGCAGCUAGAACAUGCGACAUGAUCCCGGAGUCGAGAGAGAAACUGUGUACCUUGUUGAAAGAGUUUAUUGCUAAAUAAAUAACCUGCAAACGUCAA